AUGCCUCUCGACUAUAACCCCGAAAAAGAGAUCCCCGAUCUCACGGGAAAGUCAAUAUUUAUUACAGGAGGAACCGGCGGGCUAGGCGCAGCAUCAGCAAUCCAUCUGGCCAAGCACAACCCAUCACACAUCUACCUCAGCGGCCGCAAUGCCACAAGCGCAGAAAAAGUGAUCAAACAAAUUCACGAAAUAGACCCCAAGCUCGCAGUCACAUUCAUAGAAUGCGACCUAGCCUCCCUAACCUCCGUCAAAACCGCCGCCGAGCACUUCGCCAACAAACACAGCACCCUAGACAUCCUGAUGUGCAACGCGGGAAUCAUGGCUCUACCCCCAGGCCAAACAGCUGACGGCUAUGAGAUCCAAUUUGGCACGAACCACCUGGGCCACGCACUACUGAUAAAAAAGCUCCUACCCCUCCUCGAAGCCUCCGCCAACGCAGACUCAAAUCCACGUAUUGUGCUCCUUACCUCGAUGGGCUGGAGGAUGCAUCCGUGCGGCGGGAUUAUUUUUGACAAGCUCAAGACAACGCAGGAUAUGGCGCUUGGCGGACCGUGGCAGCGGUAUGGACAGAGUAAGCUUGCUAACUUGCUGUAUGCGCGCGAGCUCCCGAAGAGGUUUCCGGGUAUCACGUCGGUGUCUGUGCAUCCUGGUGUUGUGCAAACGGGUCUUGUGAAUGACCUUCGGAUUAAGGAGAAAUUGCUUGUUUAUGCGACUACUUGGUGGAUGAUUCUGCAGCCGCAUGAGGGUGCGUUUAGUCAGACUUGGGCGGCUACUGUGGAUAAGGCUAAGAUUCGGAAUGGGGGGUAUUAUGAGCCUGUUGGGAAGUUGGAGGAUGGGAAGCUUAAUUCGACGGCGAGGGAUGAUGCGCUUGCGGAGAGGUUGUGGGAUUGGACUGAGGAGGCUUUGAGGGGGUUUUGA